AUGAAUGGUGUAGUGUUUGAAAAUUGUUCGAUUGUUUUUGUUGAAUAUGGAAGGUUAAGUUACAGGUCUUUUGCAGAGUUUUUUGUGUGCAGUAUUUGUUGUGGUAAAAAGCUUGCGCAUGGCUUUUCUAUUGGUAAAGUAGGAUUCAUUUUAUUAGCAUUUUGGAAUGUUGAAGACAUUGCCUUGUUGCUGCUGGGUUGUACGAGUUACGGUUUCGACAUUUUUGUGUGUAUCCUGCGGUUUUGCAAGAGGUUUUGGAUCCUUGUGUUUGGCAUGGAGUAUUUUUGA